ACAUCUGUGACAGCGCGUGCAGACAUCCACCUCACUGCGCAUGUGCAGAGUGGGCAGGCAGAAGAUGGCGUCGUCCAUGAGUGGGAUGUUUUCUGGUCAGCAGCCGCCCGGUGCUCAUCCCGUCGGGGGUCCCGGUGGACCGGGCCAGCCAGGCUUUCCUGGCACUGUUGCCAGAGCCCCGGGGAACAACACGCUGGUGGAUGAACUGGAGGCUUCCUUCGAGGCAUGUUUUGCAUCUUUAGUAAGCCAAGACUAUGUUAAUGGAACUGACCAGGAGGAGAUUCGAACUGGUGUUGACCAAUGCAUACAGAAGUUCCUGGAUGUGGCUCGACAGACAGAGUGCUUCUUCUUACAGAAAAGGCUUCAGUUGUCUGUGCAGAAACCAGAGCAGGUUGUGAAAGAGGAUGUGUCAGAGUUACGUAAUGAGCUUCAGAGGAAAGAGUUGCUGGUUCAGAAACACUUGUCCAAGCUGCACCACUGGCAGCAAGUGCUCGAGGAUGUGAGCGUUCAGCAGCGCAAACCCUCCGACCUUCCUCCCCCCGGACCGCUGGCCUUUCUGGAGCAGGCCUCUGCAAGUCUGCCGCCGGCCCCUUUAAAACCAAAUUAACACACCAUUUGGGCGAUCACAUAUGUCCUCUGUUGAUUUAAGUUUUUUCAUUCCCAGAAGUUGAUGUUGAACUUUGACCCGAAAGUGAGCUACAGCCGUUUUGUGGUAACAAACUUUAUUUGAAGUAAACGCUCAUGUGAAGAGAACACCGUGUAUGCCACGUCAGGCCUGCUGUCAAGUGUCAACCUACGAGAAAACCAAGGAACUGUUUGCUGUCACUGCCCGGCUGUUCGGAAAAUCACAACAUAUAUAGAUACAUAGAAUUUUAGUUUUGUCAACUUUUUUUUCCAGUAUUUUGAUUUAUGUAAAUAUUUCUGUUUCUGACUUUUUACUGUAAAAAUAAAAUCUCUUAGUAUUUUGA